AUGGAGCGCGAAGUGAUCCAGCGCUUGGCCGCCAAGCUGGGCAUCACGGCGCCCGGAGUGGUCAGAAAAGCAGAAGAGUACCUGCGUCUGUCUCAAGUGAAAUGUGCCACCUUGCUGGUUCAGAUGACCGCUACAAGCAAUGCUGUGAUCUGCCUCGACUUGGCCGCUGCCUUCACAAAGAACCCGGUCGACAAAAGUUAUUUAGUGAAACUGUCUGGCUUGAGCAAGACCACGUACCAGAGCUGUUUGAGGUCCUUGGAAAGCCUGCUUGGUGUACGUUCCAACCUCGGGAUCCGAGAAUUGGCCGUUCAGUUCUGUUGCCUGGAAGCUGUGAACAUGGCAUCAAAAAUACUGCAGAGGUACGCAUCCAGUCUGCCGGAAGCUCAGCAAACGGAUCUAGAUUUGUCUAAACCCUUAUUCACAACUGCGGCGUUGUUUACCGCUUGCAGAUGUUUGAAAAUUAAAGUGGAUAAGAACAAAAUGGCAGCUGCCUCCGGCGUGAAGAAGACCAUAUUUGACCGUCUCCACAGCCAGCUCCAGAAGAUCAGCCAGCAGAUCAGCCGAGAAAGCGACCAGUUGACGGUGGAGGCCACCAAAACCCAGAAGACCUUACUUGAAACUCUUGGAAAGGAAGAAGAGACGGAAGCAGAGGCCCCUCGCAAGCGUCCCAAAAGUGAAACUGAGGCAAAAGAAGAUUAUGAAGAAUGGAAAAGGAGAAUUCUAGAAAACGCUGCUAAAUCACAAAGGGACAGCUUUUGAUCUGAGAGCGUUCAAACGACAAACAAUCCUUCCAGCUUUUUAACCUAUUUUUAUGUCGGCAUCCUUUUUAUGCCUUGUCACAGCACUGGUUAACAAGACACAUCCCAGUUGGGUGUUGUACUACAAAGGUAAGAUUGUGAGAAUUGGCUGUGCUUCCUCCCUGGGAUGUCUCUCUGACAACUGCAGAAGCCAGUCCUACUGGAUGGUCGAUCUCAGUCAUGAAGUCUAGACUGCCGAAACUUUCCCUGAAAGUUGAAUUCCCUGGAGAAGCCGCUGUUUUCAUUGUUGAUGGCUAUGUGGACACCCUUUGAAAUAGAUUGAAGUCUCUGACACUAAGCAACCUGGACCCCUGUUGCAGUGAGACAGCUAAUGGGCUACAGACCAUGUUCUGAAAAUUGAGCCUUGGCAGUCUUGAACGUUUGAUUUCUUCUUCAGUCAUAACUGCACUUCCUCCGAAGUGUCGUUUGUUUUCAGUGGAAGUUGCUUCCGUAUACAAGGCUUGGAAUCGGGGUGUUAAGAUCUGUAUCCAAAUUCUAAAGUUCCUGCUACCAAUUCAUUCGACACCAAUAAAUAUUGUUAUUUCUACA